GGCGGCGGCGGCGGCAACGACUCCUCCUCAGUCGCAGCGGCCGCCUCAGCGCGGGAGCCCCGGCUUGAGCCUGGGGCUCGGCCGUCCCCGCCGCCCGGCACCCCGCGACGUCCGCCAGAGGCCGUCGAGCCCUCGGGAGCUGGUGACGCCCUCGGUGACGGAGCUGUCUCGGGCCGUCCGCAGCAACAUCUUGUGCACGGUGCCCGGCUGCGGCAAAGUGCUGCCCAACCCGCCGGCGCUGAGCAUGCACCUCAGCAAGGCCCACCGCCUGCAGCAGGAUGGAAAAAUAUAUCCUUCAAUCAGGAAAGAUCUGAAAACGCCACAGAAAUACUACUGCUGUCCAAUUGAAGGUUGUCCUAGGGGACCCGAAAGACCAUUUUCACAGUUUUCUCUCGUAAGGCAGCACUUCAUGAAAAUGCAUGCUGAAAAGAAGCAUAAAUGCGAUAAAUGUACCAAUUCGUAUGGCACUAUAUGGGAUUUGAAGCGCCAUAUUGCAGACUGUGGCAAGACUUUCCAGUGUACCUGUGGGUGUCCCUAUGCUAGUAGGACGGCAUUGUUAUCUCAUAUUUAUCGGACACAACAUGAGAUCCCGGUUGAACACAGGGAUCCGCCUAGCAAGAAAAGGAAAACUGAAAUUUCCCUGUCUACCUGCCCAUUGGAAGAAAAAACAACGGACAGGACAUCCGCCAACAUCCACAGCAGAUGUGCCAGCGCUGAGGAUUUGGAGACCUCUGAGAUCAAGUCGACCGCUUCCUCUGAAGAUCCCAGCCACUUUUAUUGUGUUCAGCCAACGCAAGCACAGCCCAGAAAUGCCCCAAAGUUUCUCUUGCCUAAGCCGAAAGUGGGUUUGGUUAAGCUCCCUGUCAUGCAGCUGACUCAGUUGCCUAUCUUGGUGCCAGCGCCGAACUCUUCUGUGAAGCCCGUUGUGGUGACUGUGGAUGAGAAGGGUUCUGUGAUGAGUACUGUUCACUUAAUGUCUGUGCCAGUCGGAAUUAUGAUACCCACCGUGGAGACUGAAGCCCUUGCAUUGAAACCCCCACCAGCCCUUUCCAGAACCAAAACUCCCAAUGGUACUAAGCCGGUGAGUACAGGCAUCCAGGUGAAUUUAGGCAAAGCCGCCCCCCAUAAUCCAGUCCAGGAUCUAGAAGCUCUGUGCUAUAAAAAUGGAAUCAGUUCCACCAACGUUCAAACUGACCUGUCUUACUUUUCCCAGAACUUUGUGCCUUCUGCAGCUUGGCCUCCUGAUUCCUCAGUGUCCUCUUGUUCUCAGACAGACCUGACUUUCAGCUCCCAGGCGUUGCUUCCGGUUAGCGUAGAGACACAAACCCUGUUGCCCAGCUCCAAGCUGACUUCCUCCAUAGCUGCUCAGACGGAUGUGCUCGCUCAAGCUUGCUUUCAACCCUGCGGGAUUUCUCGGGAGACUCAGACCAGCAAGUCACAAAAAGGUCUCGACGGGAACGUGCACGUGGACCAGGCUGUCACAUGCAGCAGUCUUUUCAACAGCGUCCAUUCCUCAUUUACCGAUUCCAACCCCAUGACUCAUCCUGGGGGUCCCUUGAUGGCAACCAACCUGGAUCAGAAUAUGCUACCUCAAGGAAACUGCAAAACUUUGAGCCCGGAUACAAAGUGUGAGCCAAUGAUCAGCUUCAACUCACCAACAAACGGUAUUCUUCCCCAGCAAAUUAUGACAGACAAUCAGACGCAAACCAUGGAGCUACUGAAUGACCUGGAAACCAUUUUUUCAAAUAACUCCACGGGCCACCCUGGCCUUCCCUUAAGCACCGUCUCUACCCAGAACGCUGGAAUAGAUUUUGACAUUGAGGAAUUCUUUACGGCCUCCAAUAUCCAAACUCAAACCGAAGAGGCCGAGUUGGGCAACUUGAACUCCGUACCGGCCUUGGAGUCCUUAGACAUUGAAACCCAGACAGAUUUAUUUUCAGACCACACUUCCCAAUCUUAUACCUCUCGAGGCAAUUCUAAUUUCUUAGGCUUAGAAAUGUUCGAUACACAGACCCAGACAGACUUAAAUUUCUUCCUGGACACUCCCUACCUGCCUCUGGGGAACAUUUUGAAGCCCUCUGCUUUUCUGAUGAGUGCAGACUCUUCCAAUACAGAAACCCAAACAGAAAUGAGGUGUCCUGACAGCGUGAUCUCCGAUCAUAUGUCAGACAGCAAAGUCCAGCUGAACAGUGCUGAGACACAGACCAUAGACAGCUGUCUUGAUACUCUGGGCAGUUUAUUUCUCACCAGCAACGAGACUCAGACCGUUAUGGAUGAUUUCCUUUUGGCUGACUUGGCCUGGAAUACGAUGGAGUCACAGUUCAGUUCCGUAGAGACCCAAACCUGUGCGGAAUUGUGCUCUUUGCUUCAGGGCUCCAACAAAGCAAGCUGCUGAGUGUGCCGUUCCCACACCGUAUAGCAUUUUGAGGGUUAAGUUAUAGGGGGGAAGAAAACUCUGCUGGAGUUAGCUCUAGCUGAGCGUAAUUGACUAUAAAGCCUUGGUUUACAGAUCUUUUCAGAUUGCAGAGUACUUUCACUGUUGUGUAUUGUGACUGAUUUAAACUCUGUUGCAUAUGGUUACAGUUGUACGUUACAUUUGGACACUAUAAGCCAUCCGCUGCUUGCCUCGGCUAUCCUGAAUGUAUGUUCACAAAUCCACAGUUCUCCGCACAUCAGUUUCAAUCAUGUCUGCUGACUGACCUUCACACUGAUGCUAAAGCUGCAUUCUUUGAGAAUUAACGAUAGGACUUCUCUGAGUAAAUAUAAUACCUCCAAGUUUUAACACUAUAACUUUUCCUUUUUCUUGUUUUUCUGCGUAAACUGGUGUUGCUUGUCCCUGUUCAGAAGUUUAUCUGUUAAGAGUCUCCAGCCUGUAAAUUCAGUCUUCAGCCUAUUGAUCUGUUACAGUCGACCAGUUCUGCAACCGUGUCAGUUCCCAUGUCAUUAAAUGUAAUUUUCUAAGGAAAGGAGCCACAAAGUCUGUGAACCAGAUUUUCUUUAACUUUUGCCUGGGUAUUUUUCACUGUCAGGAAGUGAAUAAUAAUAUUGUCUUAUAGGCCCUGGGCUGACAAAGAUGCCAUACAGUUUAUGUCUGGAGUAGGUGCAGCUGACUACUAAGAAAACAAUGAGUAAUCUUAUAGCCAGAUUUAAACAAAAAAAAAAAACACUCCUGUGUAACCUCAAUUGAUAUCACAGUUUUGGAGCUGAACUCAAUAGUUCCAAAACUUCUACCAAGUACAGAAAAUAAGCAGAGGAACAAAUGCAGAAAUGGAAAAGGACUCACCUAGAGACAAGCUGCAAAAUUCCUUUUCUAAAUGCAUUUUGAAUUUAACAAGUCUUCAAAGUUUCUGGUUUAAGCAUAAUCUUCUGGGUUGUCCAAGAUUGUUUCUUGUUCACCCUUAUUUCUGCUGGAUGUAAUUGUUUCCACUGUUUAGAAAUCUGCACACUGUUUCUAGAGACAGAUAUGUCAGCUAAUAUUAAAAUAGCUGCUUCCAGAACACUGAUUUAAGACAAUUGUUUAGAAAGCCAAGAACAGGUUUACAGUUCAACCAAGUCAUUUGGUACAUCUACAGAUACUGCAGGAGGACAGUCUAUCAAAGACCAGGUGACUUACAGUCAUCUUUAUCAAAGAUCUCAAUAUUGGAGUACAUUGGUGAGGGUGAGUAAAUGUUUUGAUUUUUCUGUUGGGCACUGGAUUCUCUGAGCACCAUUGUAGUUUUCCAGAAGCCGAAAGGGUAUGGUUUUAUUGAUUCUAGCUCUUCCAAUAAUUAGGCAACAUGAAAAGAACUGCUUAGUGUGUUUCGGUUGGGAGUCAGCACAAAAUUUAGUUUAGGAUCAAGAUUUUAUUAAAGAGAAAUAUUUCAUUAAAUUUCUUAAGGCCUUAUUCUCUCUAAUGUUUCCGUAGUUAGUAAGAUUGCUUAUCUUUUUGACAGUCUGCCUUGGAAGAGGGUUCUUGGCUGUUGAAUUGCUUAUCUAAUUAUUUAAGGUAAAAGAAUGGCAGCUUGGUAAAUAGCCGGUGUACUUUAAUUUAGAACUCUGGCUCACCCUCCAAAGGAUGUUUUUUACAUGUGGUGGGAAAUGAAGGAUUCAAAUGAGACAUAGAUUUUGUCAAAAUGCAUCAGUGACGGCAUCAGUCUGUAAACACUGUCUAUUUGUGUGUGUACACAUAGUAUGCCAUACAAGUUGCUUUUAUCAAAGAGUAAUUGCCUACACAAGGAAGUGUCCGUAUAGUUUCGUAUUUCACAAGGAAGAAGCAUCGAUGUUUUUACUGUAGAUUUGGGUGAACAUUUAGGGUGUACAAGAACAUUUCUAAUCAAGCCGACAUGUGGGCCUACAAGCCGGUGCAGUCUGCUUACAGAAGUAUACAGCCCAGUAGCUAGAAUUCAAAAUGCAGUGCCCUUGCUAUGCAUUUGAUAGAAGUCCUUACAGCCUCCCUGGAUCUGCCUAAUGUAUCUAUGUUUCAAUAUAGCCAAAAGUUUAUGCAUUCAUCUAAGUGCAUUAACAAAGGUUUUGCUCAAAUAGCUAUCCUGUUAUUUAAAAGUAGCAGCACCGAUUCAGUGGAAGUCAUUUUGAUGUAUAAGCUGUUCCUUCAUGGUGGCUUUAAGGAA